CUGUGACCCAAUUCAUUGUGACUCGAGACAAGCGCGGAGAGCGUUGAGAGAUUUGCAUCGUGAUUGUUGAAGUGCGAUAGAAGUUGUCGUGUCAAUUGCAGCGAUGCCGGCCCCUGUGAUAGACGUGGAGGCGUACAUCUCCCAGCAGCUGCCCACCCUGCUCUACGAUGGCGACGGCAACUUCCUGGCGGGGCCAACCGACCGAACCAAAAAGGUACGCACCUACCGAUGGAUGGGAUGGAAACCACACACACAACAGACAGUGGAAGCAGCCAUCCUUUGUGGUGUGUGGGUGUGUGGUUCAGGUGUGGACUAGGUGCACGGAGUUGCUGAAGGAGGAGCUGGCCAAGGGUGGCACACUCGACGUCGACAACAAAACCAUCUCAUACGUACGUACCAACACGCAAGCAAUACACAGACGCACACAGAGAGGGAGGGAGGGAGGUGUGUGCGCAUUGGGUGUCUGUGUGUCUGUGUGUCUGUCUGUGUGUUGUGUCAGGUGAAUGCGUUUGGCGCCGGGUACAUCGAUAGGGAGAACGAGUUGAUCGUCGGUCUGCAGGCUGACGCGCCCCUCAAACGCACCUGCAAGCCACACGGCGGCAUCCGCAUGGUCCAGGCGUCCCUCGAGUCCGUCGGAUCUAAGCUAGACCCGCUCAUGGAGGAGGUCAAACAACACAGCACAACACAACAGGGGAUCUGAUCUGUGUGUGUGUGUGUGUGUCUGUGCAGAUCUUCACCAAGCACCGCAAGACGCACAACCAGGGCGUGUUCGACGUGUACGAUGACGAGGUAACCACCCAAACCACAUCAAACACCCACAUGGCAUGCAACACAAGACCCUCAUGUGUGUUGUGUCUGGGUGCAUUGCCUCCCAUCUGUCAUUCAUUCAUGUGUUGUUGUGUUUGUCUGUCCUGCAGAUGCGCGCGUGUCGUUCGGCUCACAUCCUGACGGGUCUGCCGGACUCGUACGGCCGCGGCCGCAUCAUCGGGGACUACCGCCGCGUGGCCCUCUACGGCAUCGACCUGCUCAUCGAGGCCAAAAAGGCAGACAAGAAACUCAUCGGACCAGAGAUGUACACAACCAAAACCAAUACAUCGACCAUCCCUCCGUCCAUCCACCUGUGCCUGUGUGUGUGUGCGUGUGUGUGUGUGUGUCAGGAAUGAGGACAAUUUGCGUCUGCGUGAGGAGAUCAGCGAGCAGAUUUUGGCGUUCAACCAGCUCAAGGAGAUGGGUAUGGCGUACGGCAUCGACAUGUCCAAGCCGGCCCAGAACGCGCAGGAGGCCAUCCAGUUCACCUACUUCGCAUACCUUGGGGCCAUCAAGGAGCAGGACGGCGCCGCCAUGUCCCUCGGACGCAUGGACUCCUUCUUCGAGACAUACAUCAGCAAGGACCUCGAGAAGGGAUCCAUCACGGAGGAGCGAGCACAGGUCGGUGGCGGUGGGGGCUGGGCGGCACUGACUUCAUGUACGUACGUACGUACGUACGUCUGUGUGUGUGGUUGUGUUGUGUGCAGGAGUUGAUAGACGAUUUUGUGAUCAAGCUGCGUUUGGUGCGCCACCUUCGCACGCCCGCAUUCGAGGACCUCUUCUCAGGUCGGUUGGUGACGCAUCGCAUCGAUACAGACAUGGCAACAUACAUACAUACAUACAGCACAGCGCAUUGCAUCGAUGUGUCUGCCUGGGUGCAUAUGUGUGUGUGUGGGUGGGUGGGUGGGUGGGUGUGCAUCUGUCAGGGAAUCCGACGUGGGUGACGGCGGUGAUUGGCGGCAUCGAUGACAAGGGCACCCACCAGGUCACCAAGACCUCAUUCAGGUAAGCUACACACUCACUGACAGCAAUACAAACACACUGCAUACGACGCACACAGCACAUGCCUCUCUCUCUCUCUCUCUGUGGUGGGUGUGGUGUGUGUUGGUUGUGUUGUAUGUGAAGGAUUUUGAACACGCUGUACAACCUGGGCCCGGCUCCCGAGCCCAACAUGACCGUCCUAUGGAGCCAGACACUCCCAAAGGUAGGCACGCGCCGUACCAUACGCCUCACACCACCCUCCCACAGACACAUACACGACACAUGGCGUGGCAUGGAUGUCGUGUCUGUGUGUGCAGGGUUUCAAGGAGUACUGUGCCAAGGUUUCCAUCGACACGUCAUCCAUCCAAUACGAAAACGAUGGUGGGGCGGACGGAGGGGAUGCGUGGACUGGACACAAAUGUGAUGUGCCUGCCUCGGUGCGGUGCGGUGCGUGUGUAUGUGUGUUUGUUUUCGCAUUCAGACGUCAUGCGUCCGGUGUACGGGGCCGACUACGCCAUAGCCUGCUGUGUGAGCGGAAUGACCAUCGGAAAGCAGAUGCAGGUAAGGUACACACACACACACACACACACACAUGACAGACAGACAGACAUGUAUGUGCCUUACCCCUGGCUGCUUGUGUGUGUCUUUAGUUCUUCGGUGCGCGUUGCAACCUCCCCAAGCUGCUCCUCUACACACUCAACGAAGGACGGGACGAAAUCUCAGGUAGCUACAUCCGCACCGACCGCAGCCACCUCCCUCCCUCCCUCCCUCCCUCCCUACGCACACUCAGCCAUAUGUUGUGGGUGUGGCGUGCGCAUUUGAUUUGUGCAGGCAAGCAGGUGGGUCCGAAGUUCAAGAAGUUCAAGGACGGUCCCUUGGACUUCGCCGAGGUGCAAGCUGAGUUCGAGAAGGCCCUCGACUGGCUCAUGCGGGUGUACGCCAACACCAUGAACUGCAUCCACUACAUGCACGACAAAUACUUCUACGAACGGCUCGAGAUGGCCCUCCACGACAGCAAUGUCCACCGCUUCAUGGCCUACGGCAUCGCUGGUACGUCGACCGACCAGCAGCAUAGCGUCGUGUGGAUGUGUGUGUGUGUGGAUCAGGCAUAUCUGUGAUGGCUGACUCGUUGAGUGCGAUCAGAGAUGCCAAGGUGACGCCUGUGCGCGACGAGCGGGGCAUCACGACGGACUUCAAGAUAGAGGGCGAGUUCCCCAAGUACGGCAACGAUGACGACAGAGUCGACGAACUCGCCAAAUGGGUCACGAAAGGUACACUCACCCAGACGCCACGCACGGCACCAAAAUGUGUUCUCGUCUGUCCACGCUCAUCUGUAUGUGUUGUGUAUGCUAUGUGUGUUAGCUGUGAUCACCCGUCUGCGUCAGCACAAGACGUACCGCAACUCUGAGCCCACCCUGUCGGUCCUCACCAUCACCUCCAACGUCGUCUACGGCAAGGCCACCGGAUCCACACCCGACGGACGCAAGAAGGGAGAACCGUUCGCACCGGGCGCCAACCCAAGUAGCCCAACAACACAACACAACCACACACAUGGCAUGGCGAGGAACCAACCAUUCCAUUCCAUGCCUGUCGGGUGUUGUGUGGUUUAGUGCAUGGCCGUGAUGCGAGUGGCGCGUUGGCAUCGCUCAACUCGGUGGCCAAGUUGGACUACUCCGACUGCCGUGACGGCAUCAGCAACACCUUCUCGCUCGUGCCCACGGCCAUCGGCAAGGACGAGACGGCCCGCAAGGAGAACCUCACGGCACUCCUCGACGGAUACUUCGGGCAGAUGGCACACCACCUCAACGUCAAUGUCCUCAACAGAGACACGCUGCUCGAUGCCGUCGAGCACCCAGAGGUGCGCCUGGGUGCAUGUGGCAACCGAGGGCAGCAACACCGCUGGAUUCCUCCUCUCGUAUCUCUCGUAUGUGUCCGUUUCUCUGUGUGUGCAGAAGUACCCGCAGCUGACGGUGCGUGUGUCGGGUUACGCCGUGCACUUCAACCGGCUGACGCGCGACCAGCAGAUGGAGGUCAUCGGACGCACCUUCCACACAACCAUCUGACAUACCACACACACUACAGACACACCGAUAGACAGACAGAUACCACACCACACGCACCUGCGCCCCGCCCGUGGAUGAGUGAGUGAGUGUAACGAAUUCGACCCCUGUUGAUUGUCGUGGGGAACGGAUUCGUUCUUUUUCCUCAAGUACGUACCCAAAUGGAUGAGAUGGAUGGAUGGAUGGACG